AUGCGAGGUUCCUUAAUGGUACACCUAAGAGUCGCUCACUACGGUUUUUCAUCCGUACCUUCAACAGAUAGUACAACAGACAAUACAGAGAAAAAGGCCACAACAGAAGAAAAACCUCUACCUGUAGGGCGAAACGAUGGAAAACAAUGGCAAUGCGAUGUUUGUCGUAAAAGUUUUACAACGAAGUAUUUUCUAAAGAAACAUAAACGACUUCAUACAGGCGAAACUCCAUACGCGUGUAAACAAUGUAAUAAAACAUUUACAUUUCAACAAUCAUACCAUAAACAUCUUCUGUAUCACAAUGACGAAAAACCACAUAUUUGCAACUAUUGCGGGCGAGCUUUUAAAGAAUUAUCUACCUUACACAAUCAUCAGCGUAUCCACACGGGUGAAAAGCCGUUCUCCUGUGAGACGUGCGGAAAAUGUUUUCGCCAGAGGGUAUCCUAUUUAGUACAUCGAAGAAUACAUACCGGUGCUAUGCCUUACAAGUGUACAGCCUGUGAGAAAAGCUUUCGAUAUAAAGUAUCUCAAAGAACUCAUAAGUGUCAAGCACAACCGCCGGGGACUGUUAUCCGACAGUCCGGCGAUUUAGUGGAAAAACUUAAAAAGAAAAACGUUGGAGCAAUCGAAACUGUUUCUAAAAUCCCAAAGUAUAAUGAUAAUACGAAUUAUGUGGAAGUAUCGAAGCUAAUGCGGAGC